AUGUGUGGCAUCUUUGCUUGCCACCGUCAUCCCGACGUCCACAAAUUCAAGCCCACGGCUCUGCGCCUGGCGAAACAAAUCCGCCACCGUGGCCCCGAUUGGAGCGGCAACGUCACCUCCAACAACACAAUCCUUUGCCAUGAGCGUCUAAGCAUUGUCGGCGUCGACUCUGGCGCUCAGCCAUUGACCAACGCCGACGACUCCAUUGUGCUCGCCGUCAACGGCGAAAUCUACAACCAUCGUCUGAUUCGAAAGAACCUCAAGGAGACGUACCACUUCAAGACGCACUCGGAUUGCGAGGUCAUUAUUCCUCUGUACAUGGCCUACGACAGCGAUGCCCCCGCUCACCUCGAUGGCAUGUUCUCCUUUGUCCUCUACGACAAGAAGCAGGACCGCGUCAUUGCCGCUCGCGACCCCAUCGGCAUCACCACCUUCUACCAGGGUUGGUCCUGGAAGGAGCCCAACGCCGUCUACUUUGCCUCUGAGCUCAAGUGUCUGGCCCCCGUCUGCGACAAGAUUGUCGCAUUCCCUCCCGGCCACGUCUACGACUCCAAGACGGGCGAGACGACGAGAUACUUCAAGCCCACAUGGUGGGACCCUGCCAACGUGCCUUCGACGCCCGUCGACUACAUGGCCAUUCGCCAUGGUCUGGAAAAGGCCGUUCGCAAGCGCCUCAUGGCCGAGGUCCCUUACGGUGUGCUGCUCUCCGGCGGCCUGGAUUCGAGCUUGGUUGCCUCAAUUGCCCAGCGCGAGACGCUACGCUUGAAGCAGCUCGCCAUCGAGGCUGGCAAGGACAAGGAGCAGGCGCAGGACGCUGACAAGGGAGAAGGUCUGGUCGGUAUCGACGACGAGGACCACCUUGACACCGUCACCUACCUGCCCCAGCUCAACUCCUUUUCGAUUGGCCUGCCUGGCUCGCCCGACAACGUGGCUGCCCUCAAGGUCGCCGAGUUCCUCGGCACCAAGCACCACGUCAUGACCUUUACCAUUGAGGAUGGCCUCAAUGCCCUGUCCGAUGUCAUCUACCACCUCGAGACCUUUGACGUGACAACGAUUCGUGCCUCGACCCCGAUGUACCUGCUGUCGCGCAAGAUCAAGGCCAUGGGUGUCAAGAUGGUUCUCAGCGGCGAGGGCAGCGACGAGAUCUUCGGCGGCUACCUGUACUUCCACGCCGCGCCCAACAUGGAGGCGUUCCACGAGGAGACGGUGCGCCGCGUCAAGAACCUGCACCUGGCUGACUGCUUGCGUGCCAACAAGUCGACCUCUGCAUGGGGUUUGGAAGCUCGUGUGCCCUUCCUGGACAAGGAGUUCCUGGAAACCACCAUGAACAUUGACCCGGCCGACAAGAUGAUCAACAAGGAGCGCAUGGAAAAGUACAUUCUGCGCAAGGCCUUCGACACGACGGACGAGCCCGACAACAAGCCGUACCUGCCCGAGUCGAUCCUGUGGAGACAAAAGGAGCAGUUCUCGGACGGUGUCGGAUACGGAUGGAUUGACGCCCUCAAGGAUACUGCCGAGCAGCAUGUUACCGACGACAUGAUGAAGAACCCCAAGGCGGAAUGGGGUACCGACGUGCCUGACACCAAGGAGGGAUACUGGUACCGCCUUAUGUUUGACGAGCAUUUCCCUCCCCGCUGUGCCUCGACAGUCAUGCGUUGGGCGCCGACAUGGUCCAAGCAGUCGGACCCCAGUGGCAGAGCUAUUUCCACUCACAACCAAAAGUACGACAGUGCGGCAUAG